AUGAAGGCGAUGGCGUCGACCAUGAACUUGCCGAGACUAAACCAAAUCAUGAUGGAAUACACCAAGGAAAGCGAAAAGAUGGAGAUGACGCACGAGACCGUUGGGGAUACAAUCGACGACGUCAUGGACGCCGAGCAGGACGAGGAAGAGGAGGACAAGAUUGUUGGACAGGUGCUGGACGAAAUAGGUAUCGACAUGACGGGAGCAGUGCCGGAAGCUCCGACAGCGCACAUGGCACCGGUUGCUGCUGUUGUGGAAAAGCUGCGGCAACAGCAGUACAGCUGCCUGCUGCCCCCGUGGCUGCAGGGGACGGCGAGUCGACAGACUCGGCACUGA